AUGCCCUCCUACCUCCAGUGGGCCGUGGUCCUGUCUCUGGCGGCGCAAUGCACCGCGCAGACAUACACCAGCUGUAACCCGACGAAGAAGACCUGUCCCGCAGACACAGGCCUGAGCACCUACACGCUCUCCACCGACUUCACCAGCGGCGACUCCGCCUUCAAGCACUGGAACGUCACCGCCGGCUCGGUGACCAGCACCUCGCUGGGCGCCGAGUUCGUCAUCAACGAGCAGGGCGACGCACCCACCCUCGAGAGCGAGUUCUACAUCUUCUUCGGGUAUGUCGAGUUCAAGAUGCGCGCCUCCAACGGCACGGGCAUCGUGAGCACCGUGCUGCUGGAAUCGGACGACCUCGACGAGAUCGACUGGGAACAAAUCAGCACCUACGACACGGAGAUCCAAACCAACUACUUUGGCAAGGGCAACACCACCUCGUACGACCGCGCCACCACCGUCACCGUCGCGACCCCCGAAGAGACCUUCCACACGUACGCCGUCAACUGGACCGCCGCCACGACGGAGUGGCUCGUUGAUGGCACCGUCGUCCGCACCCUCAACUACGCCGACGCCCUCAACGGCAAGAACUACCCACAGACCCCGAUGCGCGUCCGCCUCGGCAUGUGGGCCGGCGGCGACCCCGAUAACAGCGAGGGGACUAUUGAAUGGGCCGGCGGCGAGACGGAUUACUCUGCUGCCCCGUUCAAGAUGUACAUCGAGUCGGUCUCGGUCAUUAAUUACAACCCGGCCGAUGAGUAUAAGUACACCGAUAAGACAGGGUCGUGGAAGAGCAUCAAGGCGAGUAACACGACGGACUCGUCGUCGAAGACGACCUCCAACACGACCUCUAAGGCUGUCUCGAGCUCAUCGGUUGCGACGAAUGCGACGGCGUCGUCCUCGUCGUUGGCGUCGGCAACAUCUGGGGCUGCGUCGUCCUCCGCUGCAGCGGUGUACAAGGGCGGCGCUGUGGUGUCCGCUACGCCGCUCUUUAUGAGUGUUUUGGCUGCGGUUGUUACUGGGAUGCUGUACAUCUGA